AUGAAAAUGGAAUUUGCGCAGAGGUUGCAUUUUGACGAAUGCGACAUUGAAGAUGAAGAAUUGAAUAUUAGUUGUCGUACAAAUAGCUCGGGUUAUGAUAAUGAAGAUGUUUUUGAUACAUCAGCUGAAGAUUUUGGAGUUACACCAUUACAGCAUGCUCCAAAAAAGCUUUCAUUUCAAAAUGAAAUGGAUUGUAAUGAUGAUGAAUCAAAUUUAUUACAUCCUGUAAACAACAACAAGACUCCAGCCAUUUUUGUGACAGCUGCUAAUGAUAGUAGUAAUUCAUCGAAAAUGUCAAUGGCGUGCAGUCCACCUUACAAAAGGGUACGAGCCCUCAGGCUUUUUGAUUCACCGGCAACGCCUAAGACAUUAAUUGAGAAAAGUGGAAUGCACACACCAGUGCCAAAUAAAUCAUCACGACUUUAUGUUAUUGAUAAGUCGAGAUCAGUUGGAAAUUACCAAAAAGCUGAUAAACCAGCAGCAAAUGUUAAUCCAUUCACACCAAAUGGAAUGUUAUUGACAGCGAGAAAACGAACGAGAUCAAAACGUAGUCUCAAUGGAUCACCGGACAUUGCACUACCAAAAUUUCAACUCGAUUCCGAUUCAGAGAAUGAAACUGAACAGCCAUCAAAGCGUGCAGCACUUCAAGUACCAAAUAUUCCUCGUUAUCAACAAGAAUUUCUCGAAGUUGGUUUACUUGGUUCAGGUGAAUUUGGUUCAGUUUAUAAAUGCAUAAAUCGAUUAGACGGUUGUACGUAUGCAAUUAAAAAAAGUUUAAAACCCGUUGCACAAGCCGGUAAGGUGAAUGAAAAAAAUGCCCUCAAUGAAGUUCAUGCGCACGCUGUUCUUGGGAAACAUCAACAUGUUGUUAGAUAUUAUUCAGCAUGGGCUGAGGAUAAUCAUAUGAUAAUACAAAAUGAAUAUUGUAAUGGUGGUAGUUUAGCUGAUGCGAUAACAAAUUUACAAAUUGAAAAGAAAACAUUUUCAGAACAAGAAUUACGUGAAUUAUUGUUACAAGUGGCCGAGGGUCUUAGGUAUAUACAUGGAAUGCAACUCGUGCAUAUGGAUAUUAAACCGGGUAAUAUUUUUAUAACAAAAGAAAAACGUUUAUCGGCUGUGAAUUAUGAUUCGGCGGAUGAUGGAUUUGAUGAGGAGGAAGCAACCGAGGAAGAAGAGGAGGUAACAUAUAAAAUUGGUGAUUUAGGACAUGUGACGUCGAUAAAUAAUCCACAAGUUGAAGAAGGUGAUUGUCGAUAUUUACCAACGGAAAUAUUACACGAGGACUUUAUGCAUUUACCUAAGGCUGAUAUAUUUGCACUUGGAUUGACGGUUUAUGAGGCGGGUGGCGGUGGACCAUUGCCAAAAAAUGGACCCGAAUGGCACAAAAUUCGAAAUGGUGAUCUCGACGAAUUGUCGCAGUACAGUCGGGAACUUAACGAUUUACUGAAGCUCAUGGUCCAUCCAGAUCCAGAAAGGAGGCCAUCGGCAGUUUGUCUAAUUCAACACAGGGUAUUGUGCCCAUUUGCAAAUAAAACCAAAGAACAAUUAUUCCGCGAAUUAAAUGCCGAAAGAAUGAAGAGGGAAAUUAUUUUUAAACAAUUGGAGGAGGCGAAAAAAUGUUUAAAAACAAUUGCACCAAAUGUUGCUGCAAUGAAUGGAACGAUGACUAAUAAUUCUGGUGGUUAUCAAUUACGACCAACGCCAACGAGAACAUCAUCGCGUGUUAUAGGUAAAACGGCGAAUCGCAGUCACAGCGCUACUAAUUUUUAAAAUGAAAAAAGUGUCAUAAAUCGAAGUUUAAACUAAGCGAAAGAAAAACUGUUAUUUUUUUUUUGGAGGAGCGGUGUCCCAUUGAUACCUCUUAAUAUUGUGAUAUCGUUAAUUCUAGAUUAUAAGUAAAAAAAAAAAAAAACAAAAAAAAACCUCGAUUAGCAUAAUGUUUGGAAGCAGAGUAAAAUUGCUCAUUUUUUUUUUUUUUUUUUUUUUUUUGUUUUCUCUCACCCCCUAACGGACAAAAAGAAUAUUUUGACUUAUAUGAGAAGGGAAAACUUGACGUUUGAACUUGGUUCGUAUAAUUCCUUUCUUUUGUGUUUAUGUUCCUUUAAUUUACAAAAUUUUUAUUAUCAUUUAUAGUCAUGAAACAUUUGAUGAAGUAAAUUUAUUAAAACGAUUUGUGAAAAAAAAAAUGAAACAUAUUUGACUGAAGUAGAAAAAAAAGAUUUAUGAUUUAAAUUACUUGUAUAAUUAUUAAAUACUAUCUUUUGUGUAUUUAUUCAUUAUUAACACUUUCAGAGAAACAUCAAAAUUGAGAAUUUGCAUCUUCUUGGAGAGAUGUUAUUCAUGUGGGAAAAACAAUUUUUUUUGUUCCUUUUUUUUAAAAAGGUUUUAACCUGUUCUUUAUAUUUGGGAAAGAAUACAUUUUACUUUAUCUAUUCAGACAUGAAUUCUGUUAUUUAUCUCUUUUUUUUAAUCGUUUUAUAAUUAAUAAUUUGAUUUGGUAACUGUAAAUAUUUUUUUUUUUGACUGAAUUCUCCUAUAGUUCAAAUUGAUAUAAUUUUGAAAAAUGGAGUUUAAUAAUUUUUUUUGUUUGUUAUUUUUUAAAUAUUGGAGUCUUAAAAUUGAUGAAUUGUUAAAAAUAAACGAUAGCUCGACUUUUAUAAUUUGCCACCAAAAAAAAAAAAAAUAAAAAAAAUUUUUAUACAAUUUGCAUGUAAUGAGAAAAGAUUUUUUUAGCAAUUUAACUCUGCUACAUUGCCUUAAAUUUAAAAUUCUUGAUAAAUAAAUUGCGAAGAAUAUAAUGCAUUUUUAAAAAAAAAGUUAAAUUAUUUUGAUGCAUCCAUUUUUUUUUAAUUUUAUUUUGGAUGUUUUCACAUUUGACUCACCCAACUGUGUCUUAUUUUAUUUAAUCUAAGAGAAUGUAAUAAAUUUUCAUGUAUUAUAAUUUCAAAUCAAAAAAAAAAAAAGUCGUUUAGUAGAAUAAUAGUCUGCGUUACUAGCUCUUAAGGUAAUCACAUUGUCCUUCCUUUAUUCGCAUAUAACUACAAUAAUUUCCGAUUUUUGUAAAUUAUUAAAAUAAUCUUCGAGAAAAGAAAAUGAUAUACAAUUUUGUGAAUUUAAUGAAAUUAUUUUUUAUUUUCAAAAUAAUUAUUGGCGCACUAAAAUGCGUUUUUUUUUUUUUGUUCUAAUAGAUGUUUUCUCGAAUAAUUUUACUUUUUUUUUUUUUAAAUAAAUUUUUUUAUUUGGGUAAAAUUUAUUUUUACAAUAUUCUAAAUAUGUUUUCAAAUUUUUUUUUUUAAAAUUAACUUUCAAAAAUUUCUCUACAAUUGUUAAUAAUAUUUUGCAUGAAACUUGUUUUAUUCUGUAAAAAAAAAUAAAUAAUAAUUGUCAAUUUGUUAAAGAUUUACAACUAAAUUGGAGAAGUAUGCCCCUCCCCUAAAAAGUAUUUUGUAAAUGUUGUGUGAUUUUUUGCGUUUAGUAAAAAUGUAUAGAAAAUGAAGACUUGUAAACAAAAAAAGAGAGUGAGAGAGAGAAUGAGAUAAAAAAGCAAAUUUACGUUUAAAUAGGCAAAAAAAAAAAAAAAAAUCGAAUGUAAAAAUGAGGUUUUUCAACAAGGGUGGAUCCCAAAUUGUUGUAGAAUAAAAAAGGAACUUAAUUUUGA